GUCGCCUGUUCCAUCCACUAAUCCAUCCAUCGAUCGAGCAGCCACUUCACACCAGCUAGUGGAAGUAGUGCGAUCCAGAGGUUCAGGCAUGGCAGCUCCGAGAGCACUCGUCCUCUGCGUCCUGCUGGCGAUCGCCGUCGCCCACGCCGAGGCGGCGUCAGUCGUCGUCGGUCUGGCCAAGUGCGCCGACUGCACCAGGAAGAACAUGAAGGCCGGGGAAGCCUUCAAGGCUGUGCAGGUGGUGAUCAAGUGCAAGAACAGCGCCGGCGAGUACGAGAGCAAGGCGGUGGGCGGCCUCGAUGGCACCGGCGCCUUCAGCGUGCCCCUCGUCGCCGACCUCCAUGGCGCCGACUGCGUCGCGCAGCUCCACAGCGCCGCCUCCAACGCGCCCUGCCCCGGCCAGGAGCCGUCCAAGAUCGUGCCGCUGUCCGAGGGCACCACCUUCGGCUUCGUCGCUGGCGAGAACACCGCCAGGCCGUCCGCGGCAUCGCUGGAGUGCGCGUCCAUGACCCUGUGCGGGCCGAUCAAGAAGCACAUCAUCGAGCACUUCCACCACAAGAAGCCCGUGCCGCCCAAGCCGGAGCUCAAGCCCCAGCCCCACCCGGACUACGGCCCCAUGCCUAAGCCGGAGCCGAAGCCGCAGCCCCACCCAGACUACCACCCCGUCCCUCCCACGCCCACCUACGAUCCGUGA